AUGGUCCUGUAUCCGGCGCUUUUUGUGACCCAUGGAGGUGGUCCGCUUCCACUACUCGGUGAUGCAGGACAUCUAUCACUAGUGGAGGCACUUAAAAAAAAUCGGAAAUAUUUGGAAAGUCAUUUUGGACUUCCAAAAACCAUUGCGGUCAUCUCAGCACAUUAUGAAACACCUUCUCUAAGAGUAGGUGGGGCUACACAACCAAAGAUGUUGUAUGAUUAUUACGGAUUUCCUUCAGAAAGUUAUGAGAUUCAGUACCCAGCCCCAGGUGAACCUCAUCUUGCGAAAGAUAUUGUGGAUGCAUUGAAAGGGGAAGGAAUUUCAGCGGAGGUGGAUGUUAAACGUCCUUUUGAUCAUGGUGUAUUUGUUCCUCUUAUGAUUAUGUUUCCUGAAGCUAAGAUUCCUGUGGUAUCUGUAUCUGUCGUUAAAGGUGGAGAUCCUGAGAAACACAUAAAAAUAGGUAAGGCACUUCGAUCCUUUCGUUCUCGUGGUAUUUUAUUUUUGGGAAGUGGGGCUACAAUGCAUAAUUUUUCAAAUUUUAAUAAGCAAAACGCUGGAAAAACAUUUGGUGACGCAUUAACUUCAGUUCUCUGCGCUGGUGAAAAUGUCAUGUCAACGGAAGAAAGGUUGGAAAAAAUGAUUAACGUUUCAAAAAUGAAUGGUUUUGAUGAAGCCCAACCACGUGGAGCACUUGAACACCUUAUGCCACUUUUAACGAUAGUUGGUACUGCGAAUGGAACCCGUGGGGAAGAGGUAGCUAAUGUUUUUACUGAUAGGGUAAAUGUUCGCAAUUAUAUUUUUCCAAACUAG